CGAAAAUCGUAAACGCCUAUACGCGUAUACGGCCUUAAAGUAACUAUAGGCGCGUAUAUAACAGGGCCGCAACUGAAUAAAUGAAAUAAAAAAAGCGGGUUCAAUACCGUCGUCCAAUCGUUUAGGAUUUACAUCUACUUAUCAGUCCCAACGAAAUUCAUAUCGUGUGCCAUAAAUCGUCCAUCAGAUCCAGAAAAUAUAAAAAUGACUGAUAUUGCAUUAAAUCGAUUGAAAAUUGAACGUAGUGAAUGGAGGAAAAAUCAUCCAUUUGGUUUUGUUGCUAGACCAUUGAAAAAUCUAGAUGGUUCAUGGAACUACAAGGUUUGGACAUGUCGUAUACCUGGUUUGAGUAACACUUUUUGGGGAAAUGGUUGGUACUAUUUAUUCAUGACAUUCUCGGAUGAUUAUCCAUUUAGUCCACCAACCUGCCGAUUUUUUCCCAAGAUUUUCCACCCUAAUGUGUGCAGGCAUUGUGGUACCGUGCGCACACCAGUGUUGAAUAUUCAUUGGAAUCCAGGCUUCACCAUCCGGCAAAUACUACUUGUAAUACAAUCGCUAUUAUGUGUGCCAGACAACAUGGAUAUUGCUAAUGAUCUAGCAUAUUUUCUCUACCGUGUACGUGAUUGUACUGACUACCAGAGACUUGUCCAGUGGCAAGUCACGAGAAUGUCUUCAUAGGUAUAGGUUAGAAUAAGUAUAGUUGACAGAGAGAAGAUGAUGAAUUUCUUUGAUUGCCCUAUAAAAUUGUAACAAUUGUGAAUAAGUAUUACACUUGUGUUAAUCAGUAAGAAAAAAAUAUCCGGUGUAUUAUAUUAAAAAUUAAACA